UUGAUUCAGUUUACCAUAGCCUUGUGCUAAGAGCCCUGCAGAUGGUGGGUGGCACAUCCAUUCAUCUUUUGCCUAAGCUUUACUAAACGUCAAGGAAGCAUAAGCUAAGGCAGAACAAAACUCCAACGCAGGAAUCAGCCAGAUCCUGCCUGCCUCGUUAGCUCAAAAACAACAGAAACAGACAGGAUCGAAAGAUUUCAUCACUAUCAUCAACUUCAUGUGAAUUGGUGGGUAUAUUCGAUGCCUCAGCCACACUUAUAAUCCGACAAUAGUUUAAUUUGGUCUAGUUUAUGGCAAUUACCAAACGAGUAGCUUAUCAAAUUAAUAAUUUUUCCUUAUAUUUCUAAUAUCGCUGUAUAAAAAUAAAUCUUGAUUGCGCCUCCCAAUAAGGUAAUGGUGGAUAUUUUUCCUUUUUACGACUCUGGCACCUUUCUCACUCUAUAUAAAGUGGCCAUGUCAUGGGUGUUAUGUGUAGCAGCAGUGCACAAGCAUCUAAAGAAAAUAAAAGUAGCCCUUUCUUGAUCUUUGAUCGAAAGCAAUGGAUGUUGUAACCUCUACUCUCCUUCCAAGUUUUCAAGCAAUGCCCUAUGCCGCCCCUGCGGCUGUUGGUGGUUUGCUCAUCUCCAUGUUCUUUAUGAGAAGAUUCAUCUCUGAUCAAAGGAAAAGAAAUGCCAGACUUUCUCCUGUGCCAGAAGUACCUGGGUGGCCAGUUAUAGGGAAUUUGCUUCAACUGAAGGAGAAGAAACCCCACAAGACUUUCACUAGGUGGGCUGAGAUUCAUGGACCAAUCUAUUCUAUUAGAACCGGUGCUUCCACCGUUAUUGUUCUCAAUUCAACAGAUGUUGCCAAAGAGGCCAUGGUGACUAGAUAUUCUUCCAUCUCAACAAGAAAACUAUCAAAAGCCUUGACUGUGCUUACCCAGGACAAAUGUAUGGUUGCAACAAGUGAUUAUGAUGAGUUUCACAAGAUGGUGAAACGUUAUAUACUUACAAAUGUAUUGGGAACUAAUGCUCAGAGGAGACACCGGUGCCACAGGGACACCCUGCUUGAAAAUAUUUCAAACGAGUUGCAUGCUCAUGUACAGACCUCUCCAGAAGAAGCAGUGAACUUCAGGGAAAUUUUUGAGUCUCAACUUUUUGGAAUAGCACUGAAGGAAGCACUGGGAAAAGAUGUGCAAUCUGUUUAUGUUGAUGAAUUUAAGUCCACUUUGUCAAGAGAGGAGAUUUUUACGGUUUUAGUGCUUGAUCCAAUGGAGGGGGCAAUUGAUGUGGAUUGGAGAGAUUUCUUCCCGUAUUUGAAAUGGAUUCCUAACAAAAGAUGGGAGAUGAAAAUACAGCAAAUGCAUUUACGCAGGCAUGCAGUGAUGAAUGCUCUUAUAAAGGAGCAAAAGAAACGAAUUGCCUCAGGAGAGGAGCUUAAUAGUUAUCUCGACUUCUUAUUAUCCGAAGGCACGCUUACGGAGAAGCAAAUCAGCAUGUUGGUUUGGGAGGCAAUCAUUGAGACGUCAGAUACAACUCUGGUCACUACUGAAUGGGCCAUAUAUGAACUUGCAAAGAAUCCAAAGUGCCAGGACAUACUCUUUAAGCAAAUCCAAAAUGUAUGUGGGUCUGAAAAGAUCACAGAGGAGCACUUGUCUCAACUGCCAUACUUGAAUGCUGUUUUCCAUGAAACAAUUAGAAAACAUAGUCCGGCUCCAGUUAUACCUUUGCGAUAUGCGCAUGAAGAUACAGAAUUAGGAGGUUACUUCAUUCCUGCUGGAAGUGAGAUUGCUAUUAAUAUUUAUGGAUGUAACAUGGAUAAAAAGCAAUGGGAAAAACCUGAAGAGUGGAAGCCAGAUAGAUUUCUUGAUGGCAAAUAUGACCCCAUGGACUUGCACAAAACAAUGGCUUUUGGAGCUGGAAAAAGGGCAUGUGCAGGUGCUCCUCAGGCAUUGUUGGUAGGAUGCACAUCAAUUGGCAGACUCGUUCAAGAAUUUGAGUGGAGACUGAAAGAAGGAGAGGAAGAAAAUGUCGACAUUGUUGGACUCACCACUCGCAAGCUUCAACCAUUGCAUGCCAUCAUAAAGCCAAGAACAUAAGGAGGACCAAUGAAGUCCCUGGUGCUUUUCUUUUCUCAUAGAUUGAAAGUGAUUAGUGAUAGUAGCUCUAUGUAUCAAUCUUACAUCACAUGUGGACUUUUUCUUUUCCUUGUACCAUGUUUAAUAAGACUUUGGCAAAAUCAUCUUAAUAGAAGCGCAAAAAUAGAAUGGGUGUGUGUGAAAGUUGUUUA